AUGCCUGCACCUUUGGUUCCACACUCUUCCAGCAGGGGUCAGAGCGCGUGCACCUCAGCAGUCCACCAGGAGCUGCCUCCUGGCAGCCUACAGGAGCCGGAGGAGGCUGUUGCCUCUCCGGCUGAGCAGCCGGAGGAGGCUGUUGCCUCUCCGGCUGAGCAGCCGGAGGAGGCUGUUGCCUCUCCGGCUGAGCAGCCGGAGGAGGCUGUUGCCUCUCCGGCUGAGCAGCCGGAGGAGGCUGUUGCCUCUCCGGCUGAGCAGCCGGAGGAGGCUGGUGCCUCUCCGGCUGAGCAGCCGGAGGAGGCUGGUGCCUCUCCGGCUGAGCAGCCGGAGGAGGCUGGUGCCUCUCCGGCUGAGCAGCCGGAGGAGGCUGUGUGCACUUCGUAUCUAACACUCAUCAGUUCUAAUCAAACAGGUGACAGCGUCCCACCAGGAGGUGGCAGCAUCCUGCGUGGUGGUGUUAAUACCUCUGGGGGUGGUACCAAGACUGCCAAGAGGUGCUGGUGGCAGUGA